AUGUCGACCGAUUCCCUGAGCUCCGCCGUGCGCUCCCUCGCGCUCCCCCGCUCACUCACCCAGCAUGACCGCCUUCCGCUCGUCCUUACCACUGCCGCCGCAUUACUAGGCACCAGCGUUGUCGUCCCGGCCGCCUACCGCGACUAUCGCACCUUUCGCUCCUACGGCGGUGGCGGCGUGCCAGACAAUCUCCUGGGAUGGCUGUACGUGCGCCUAGUCAUGCAGCCGCUGGGCCGCGAAAUGCUCAGCACGGACGUGUAUGACCGGCGCAUGGCAGCGGCCGAGGGCCACGGGAAGGGCGAUGAGGGUUUUCUCACGGAAGAGCAGCUCAGCGCCGUGCGACGAACUGAUGCACGGCCUGUCGUUGGACCGCAUGUUUCGCCGCAGCGCCAGUUGACGCAGAUCCCCGUGGAGCGCGUGCAGGAAAAAUUCCGCGCAAGCUUCAGCUCCUUUGCAAACCGCAACUACCACCUCGUCAAGACAAACUCGUCCCUCCUCGAGGGCAACGCCGAUGCCCUCUUCCUCGCCGCUAACCUCCCCGCCUCGGCCAUUGCAACACGCAUGCGCCGCGAGAUUGCCAAUCUGCACGAUUUGUCCGAUCACUCCGUGCAUGCUGUGUUGUCGCCCGCUGAUUGCAAACGAGUCAUCGAAGCAGGAUGGGGCCAGCGCCACGCGCUCUCCGGUCUCUCCAAAUCGGCGUUUCUAUCCUUGUUCGCGACCUCCGGGUGUGUACCGAAUCUACCGCCAGAGUAUCUGCUCAUCUAUGCGCCGCGCAACGAGGCGGAGAUCGAAGUCGUCAUGCAGAUUAUUGCUGCGAGUGUCAAGUUCAUGGCCGGAAGGGAGGACGUGCGGUAA